GGGCGGGGCGGAGGGCAGGGGGCGGGGCGGAGGACCGGCCGAGGCGGGGCAGGCGGCCGGCGGCGUCUCUCCCUCAGGUGGUGCGGCGCUUCCACGUCGCCAGGCGGCACGCGGCUUCCGUGAGGCCAGGCCGCCGCCAGCGUUCGGAGCGCCGGCCCUUCGGCUCCCGCGCGGCCAUGGCGGGGCCGGGCCCGGGCGACCCGGACGAGCAGUACGACUUCCUGUUCAAGCUGGUGCUGGUGGGCGACGCGAGCGUGGGCAAGACGUGCGUGGUGCAGCGCUUCAAGACGGGCGCCUUCUCGGAGCGCCAGGGCAGCACCAUCGGCGUCGACUUCACCAUGAAGACUCUGGAGAUCCAGGGCAAGCGGGUCAAGCUGCAGAUCUGGGACACGGCUGGCCAGGAGCGAUUUCGCACCAUCACGCAGAGCUACUACCGCAGUGCCAAUGGGGCCAUCCUCGCUUAUGACAUCACCAAGAGGAGCUCCUUCCUGUCGGUGCCUCACUGGAUCGAGGACGUGAGGAAGUACGCGGGCUCCAACAUUGUGCAGCUGCUGAUCGGGAACAAGUCAGACCUCAGCGAGCUCCGCGAGGUCCCGCUGGCCGAGGCACAGAGCCUGGCAGAGCAUUACGACAUCCUGUGUGCCAUCGAGACGUCUGCCAAGGACUCGAGCAACGUGGAGGAGGCCUUUGUGAGGGUGGCCACGGAGCUGGUCAUGAGGCACGGGGGCCCUCUGCUCAGUGAGAAGAGCACUGACCACAUCCAGCUGGAUAGCAAGGACAUCGGAGAGAGCUGGGGCUGCGGGUGCUGACCGGGGUGCAGGGCAGGCAGGUGGGGCUUCCACACCUCUCUCUCUGGCCUGCCGAGCCCAGCCCUCCAGAGCUGGCCCUCCAGAGCACCAGCGAUUCUAGGGCAGUGGGAUAAAGUCCUGGAAUUGUCCAUCCUGUGGCCUGGAUGCUUGAUGGGAAAGCUACUCACGAGGAAGGAAGAAGCAGGAUACCUCCUGCGGGAGGCCUGUUGGCACAGGGUAGGAUGUGGGGCCCAUCCUACCAGCCAGCAGCUGUCCCCUCUGCGUUCUUCACAUUCCAGGACUGGCUCGAGCCUGCUGGUGUGGACCGCAGGGGGAGAGGUGUCAGGAAUGUGCCUCUCCUGCUCCACGUGUACUAGUUCUGACCAUUUCACACCUUGAGUGUGCUGCAGCUAUGGCAGCAGGUUACGGCUUUCCAGCGAUGUGGCUGGUGCCCUCGGUUCUUCCAGGUCAUUCCAGGGCCUCUGUAUGUAGCCGCAGAGAGCAAGAGCAACCAGCCCAACAGACUCGAUUCCUGAGUACAGCCCCACGAUAGCCCUAACUCCUUCCGGGCAAGGAACUUGCCUCCUUUCUUCACUGCCAGCUCUAAGCUCACAGACACCUUGGGGCCCAGCCCAUUGCCUUAUAGCAAGACCUUUCAAGUUUUCUGGUUU